AUGGCCCUUUUGCUGCUGCAAUUGUGCACCGUCCUGAAGCGCCAUCUCUUGGACAGGAAGUCACAUCUGCCGGGAAGUUCGUCUGGCGUCAGUGAAAGAUUCUCCCCUUCGGGUCUUGAGAUUGUGAUAUCUAUCCACUGGCCAUUAGCUGUCCAAACACUGAACUCACAGAAGGGCAUGGUGUAUGAAGCCAGCCAAUCAGAAGACAGCAUUGAGAGGACCCCUACUGGACCACAGUAUUGCUACUGUGAUGAAGGGUGCCAUGCCACAAAAGACUGCUGCAGAGAUAGGGAAGAAUCUUGUGGAGGAGCUGUGGACUGUGUGGUCUCAAAGUGGGCUGGUUGGGGCCAGUGCUCUCGUCUCUGUGAUUCUGGUGUACAAGAACGAUACAGAAACAUCACAAAACCUCCAAGGAAUGGCGGAAAACUGUGCCCACCACUGAAACAAGAAAGGGUCUGCUUUGGUAACAAGUGCAAACACACACGUGACUUCAGGAAACAAGAAGCAAGAGUUGCAGUGCAUCCAGAACUUGAGAAGUUAGAAAAGAUAGAAGAGGAAACCGGGCGCAUCAUUCCAGCUGCCUUUGGAACAUGGAGGAAGAGCAAGGUUUAUGACUUCAGCAAAGACAUUCGUAAAAAUCUCUACUACAAGUAUUACUAUGCCAAUGCUAUUACCAGAACAAGCUACUAUGCCACCUAUGAGAUUGUUUCUUCAAGAAGAGUCUGCCAGAAAUCCAACAUUACCCCUUGGGCAAAGGUUCUGGAGAAGGGAGCCCAAAUAUGUGUUGAAUGCCAGCCCACCGCCAUGUGGAAGAGUCUAGGCACCCGCUGUAAAGGACAUGGUGUCAUUAACCAAAUCACGAGAUGGAAUGCUGUAAAUGCACGCGGUUGCCAUGGUAAAUGGAUAAUGAGGACUGUACACAAAGAGGGACGAUGUGAUGAGGGUACUAGGAAGGACUUCAUCUUCAUCUGAGUUGAUACUUACCUGAGGAGAGAUUUAUUUAGGAAAAAAUCAAACUUGUACAUAGUGUCUAUGUGUCUAUACCCUUUCCCAACUACCACAGAGUUAUGUACAGACCCCCUCCCUUCUCUUUAUUAUAAUUAUAGUUAGAUAACCCUAGCUGGCAAAAAGCCGAAUGGGAAACCUCAUGCCGGCAAGAUAGUGCGGUAUCAGCUGUACAAAGUAUUGCAAAAUGGAAAUCAUGUACAUUUUAAAUCAAAUUUCCUACUCCAGACACAACUAAAACCAGACAGUUCAAGGCUUUCUCAUUAGAGAGUGCUGUAAAUUCUGUAUAGCCACACUCACAGCUAGUAUGGUAUGGAUUUAGUUGUAUAGCACAACAAUGUGAGUAUAAGAUGUUAUAAGAACCCAGUAACCACUGCAGCACAUUUAUACAGUCUGCCCCUUGAAAAAGAUAUCAACACAGCAUGCAGGGUCUGUUCUGCAGCGGUUUUGUUGGCUGGGUUCAGUUCAAUCCCACCCAAGCAGCAAGCGGAUGACUGAUGAAAAAAAUCCUGAUACCGUUGUGUCAAGUGAAUUUGAGCAGAAUCAGACAUGUUACCAGUAAUUGCAAUGUUAUCAUGCCAUCUACCCACUGUCUGAAUUUUUUGCCAAAUAGUAAAUUGCUGAGAACCCUGUGAAAGUCAUUUCUUGUAAAUAUAUAUCAGUAGCAUUAUGCAACAGGUGUUUUAAGUAAUAGUACAGCUGAGUGAUUAUUUACUUUUACGUAAAUCUUAUAUUAAGUAUAAAGGGUUCCCACCGAUCUUCCAUUAUAAGGUGCAGCUUUUGCCAAUAUGAAGGGUUUAAGAUAAUAUAGUUUACUUGCAUACAUAAGAUAAACUUAGCAAUAUUAUUUAAAUAAGGUAGGGAUUGAUUUAAUGUGGUUCAAAAUAUUUUCUGUUAAGAAUUCAGGGUAUACUAAUACUUUUUACUUUUCCUGUUUUUGCCAAAUUGAUAUCAGAGUGACUCAGAAAUUGAAAAUUCAAGUUUUUGCCAAAUUGAUGUCAGAACUUCAUUGGAUUUUAAGGUUGAAAAUUGUCUUUUUUUAUUUUUAGCAUAUUGUAGAAUUUUAUCGCAUAUGGAACUCGUGUACAUUUGUAAUCUUCAUAGAUUUUCCAGUUAGAUUUAUUAACAUAGUUGAUCUAGAAACUUUUUUUUACGAAUUAUGGGAAAUAAUUCUUACCAUUUCUAGUAUAUUGUACAGUAACUUAGCAUUUUAAAGUCUUUACCAGAUUUUGCAUUUAAGUCUGUUGUUCAUUAUUUUAAAUAAGCAUGAUGAUGUUGAUGAGAUGAAAAAGUGAAAAUGUGUUACUUGAUCAUGGGCAUUUUCUUUGGUACAGUUUGAGAUUUUAGUAGUUUAAAUAGGAUGCAUGGGUAUUCUAGUGUUGCAGAAGCUGCCUUUGCUCAAAUUACCCACUCCGCAUACUUGUACACAAAUUGUAGUACACUACCUCAUAUUUUUUGGAAUAUAAACUACUUACACUGCUGGUUCUUUGAGCUUUCAGAAAAUAUGACAUGCAACUGUAUUUCAAGUGCAUACUGCUUUGGCCAUUUUAUUCAGUAAAUUGAGUAAGCACUUGUAAAUAGGUACAAAUGUCCUCAUUUGUCAAUUAUGCAUUUGGGGAACAGUGCUGAAAUCGUAUCUAGGACAUAGAUGUAGAUCUUUUAAAUAAUUAACUCAUGUUGUUGAUGGUUGAGGGAGGCACUUUUAUUAUAAUUGUUAUGAUCACUUUGCCUCUGACUGGAAUUUCUCUUUCUUUUAUGUUACAUCUAGUAUUAAUGGGUUGGUUUUACAUUAUUCAGGAUGGUGAGGUGAAGACAGGAGGAUCUGAGUUGGAAUUUUAUCUUCAUCUAACUGAUUGGUGCGCAUAAAAACUAUGCAUCUGUAAAUUUAUAUAAAUAUAAAACCUCAGGUACAUUUAAAGAUUUGGAUAAUAUUCCACACCUUUCCUCCUGUGUAUGUGGACUUUAUAACCUCGGGGUAUCUGACCAAAUAUAUACAUAUAGAGAGAGAGAGUAGCCUGGACCAGGUUGAUUGUAAACCAGGGAAAGUACUUGGUAUUAAUCAGUCCCACGGGGACCUAUCAAAUUGUGUAAGAAUAUUAAAUCAUGUUUGGUUUCACCAAGGGAUUCUAAUUGCUGUAUUUUAAUAGUUGUUAAUAUGUACCUAAUGUCUAUCUCAUCAGGGCCAGUCAAUGGACUGACCAGUUAAAACUGGACUUCUGUCUACCCAAAAUUAUGACAUAGAUUCAAGAAACAUUCUGCUCAAGGUCCAAUAUUCCACUACUUAUCUGGAAAUAGUCACAAAAUAUUUUGAUUUAUGUUAAUGUCUAAGAAAUGAAAUGCAUUAUGAUUGGUUGUUGAAUAAACUAAUUCUAGACAGACUUUAUAAAUUUUCCAAGAACUGCUUUAACAUCAUAUCUGAAAAUGUAUUUUUUGCUUUUGAAAAAGUUAAUGUAAAUUUAUAGAAUCUGUGCAUUGGAAUUCACCUUUGGUCAUUUGUUUAAAAUUUUAGCUAUAAAUCAUGUAACUGAUACCAAUUAAUAUUAUUUUAGAUCAUACAAGCUGCCAUGAUAUUUAUUAUUUGUAAGAUAGAUAGUGUGUGCUUCUAUGCAAUGUUGAUUAAUACUACGUUUAGUUUUAAUAUCAGUGUCUAUGCAAGUAAUUUGUUAAUUUUUUAUCUAUAUUUUAAACAGUAAUAAAGUAUGUUCUGAAAUGUG